AUGGCUGACCAGCCCGCAACACCGAACCAAGGCCCGUUCGCCUCCCAGACCCCGUACCUCCACGACUACCCCAACGCCAAGAUGGGAACCCCCUUCAAGCUCGACGAGGGCUUCUCCGAGGACACACGGAGCCAGAGCGAGGUCGACACCGCCAUGCGCAGCGAGCCCCAGCUCUCUGAGCCCGCCGAGGAGACCACCUCCCGCGCGCCGCUCCCGGACUGGAUACUGCGUCUCCCGGAAAAUGAUAGAUCAGAAAUCGCCCUCGAGAUCCUGCGCUCGCUGCGCACUGCAUCCAUAGCGGAAAUUGUCGAGAGGCUGAACUCGCGGCUCCAUCUCGACCCCGUCUUGUACCUUCCGCCUGAAAUCACCUUCCAAAUAUUCUCCUAUCUGGAGCCGGAAACGCUUUUGAAGACGUCGACUCUGUCUAAAGCAUGGCGGGGACGUGCCCUGGACAGCCAGUUGUGGAAAUGCAUGUUUGGUGCCGAAGGUUGGACCGCAAACAUUCGCCAAAUCAGGACUUUUGAGGAGCAUGAGAAAGCCAAUAGGUCGAUAAUGAAAGAACGCAAGACGCGUGUCCGCGGCGGCGAUGGCGAUCUUGAGCGGAUGCACACCAAGAAGCGGAUCAGGGAGCGGCACUUAUUUGGUGACGGCUCACAAAGCGGGCCUGUCGCUACAGUGGCUGACGGCGAUGCGAAGGAUUGGGCGGAACAACAUGGCGCUGUGGAGGCUGAUGAUAGCUCAUCCCGAAGCGAAGAUGGUAUGCAGGACAUUGCUUACGAAAACCAGCCGCCGGGGCAGUCUCCAUCGGAGGAGAGAGUUCUCGAUCUGGCUCGACGGUUGGAGUCCCGUCCGCAGUUUGCCAUCGAGGACGCUGCCUCACCACCUCCUGCCGACAUUCUCUACCCGCCAAUUAGGCCUUCCCUGAUCUUAUCCUCUUUUGGGGAUCCCAUGGUCAACUGGCAGUAUCUCUACAAGCAGAAACGGCGACUGGAAGAGAACUGGGCCGCUGGCAGGUUCACCAACUUCCAACUGCCCCACCCAUCACACCCAUAUGAAUCGCACAAAGAAUGCGUCUACACCAUACAGCAUUCAGCCAAGCACGUCGUCAGUGGUAGUCGGGACAAGUCCAUCCGCAUUUGGGACUUGGAGACUCAGAGAUUGGUUGUGGCCCCGCUGACAGGUCAUGACGCUUCUGUGCUCUGCUUGCAAUUCGACGAGAGACCCGAACACGAUCUUGUGGUUUCUGGUGGCAGCGAUUGCCACGUCAUCAUCUGGCGCUUUUCGACCGGACAAAUGAUCAAGAAGAUGGAGCGCGCGCACAGCGAAUCGGUUCUCAACUUGCGGUUUGAUGAUCGCUACCUCAUCACUUGUUCCAAAGACAAAACUAUCAAAGUAUGGAACCGCAGGCAGCUUCUUCCUACUGACAACGACUACCCGAGAAUGAGCAGUGGCGGUGCUCGGUUUCCCAGCUACAUUAUCAACAUUGACAAGGAACUCGAAAACCAGCACUUGAACUUCAAGCCGCUCAAAGAAUUCAGUCUGCUAAUGACCCUCGACGGCCACAGUGCCGCAGUCAAUGCCAUACAGUGUUACGAAGACCAGAUUGUGUCUGCUUCUGGUGACCGAACAGUAAAGGUUUGGGAUAUUCAUACAGGCGCCUGCCUGAAGACGAUUCCCGGCCAUACCAAAGGCAUCGCAUGCGUCCAGUUUGACGGUCGUCGCAUUGUUACCGGCAGUUCGGACGAGACAGUACGUAUCUUUGACAGAGCGACUGGGGCGGAAGUAGCUUGUCUCCGAGGCCACGCCAACCUUGUCCGCACCGUGCAAGCAGAAUUUGGCGACAUGUCGGGUAAUGAGGAAGAGCUCGAAGCCGAGGCUCGUGCUGUUGACCAGCAGUACUUCGAAGCUAGGGCAAGAGGUGCGCUGACAGAACUCACACGCGAGGAACGUCGCAGGAGGAAUGCGGGCUCGCGCGAUCCCAGGGAAAUCUUCGCAUACGGCGCUAAACUCCCACCGGGAGGAGGGGGUAGCCGCUGGGGACGCAUCGUUUCUGGUUCCUAUGAUGAGAGUAUAAUCAUCUGGAAGAAAGCUCCGGAUGGGAAAUGGGUUGCUCACAAACGUCUGCUACAGAGCGAGGCGGUUGCCAGUGCUGGUGGUAGACGACGUGGCCCUGGGCCUGCGCGCCUGAACCAUCAACUGCAGCAGCAAAUGGCUGCGCUGACUGCGGCAUCGCAAGCAGUACAGAAUCAGGCUCAACAGCAGAACGGGGCUGCACCAAACCAGCCGGCAAACAUCCAGCAGAUCCAGCAGCAAGUUGCGCAGCUGCAACAAGCUCAGCAACUGGUGCAACAAGCGCAGGCCAUGCAAGCACCCCAAGGACAAGCAGCCCAGGCUGGCAACAAUGCUCAGGCACCUGCACAACCGGCUCACAAUGGCGGCACAGUGAAUCCGACCGGCAGCAACUCCCGUGUGUUCAAGUUGCAGUUCGAUUCUCGACGCAUCAUCUGCUGUAGUCAAGACCCGACGAUUGUCGGGUGGGACUUUGCCAACAACGACCAGGAAAUCAUAGCUGCGAGCAGGUUCUUCGGCGAAGGUUACUAA